GUUGAUUUGUUUUACUUCCUAGAUUGCGGUCUUGUUCGAUUACGCGGGUUACGCAUUGGGACUAGAGCGUGACUAAAGGAGUAAUGGGUGCUUAUAAGUUUAUGCAGGAGCUUUACCGCCGAAAACAGUCUGAUGUUAUGCGUUAUAUACAACGUAUGAGAUGCUGGGAAUAUCGGCAAUCUCAUGCAAUCGUUCGCGUAACUCGACCAUCUCGUCCUGACAGGGCUAGAAGAUUGGGUUAUAAGGCCAAACAGGGCUAUGCCAUCUACCGUAUUCGAAUUCGACGAGGUGGUAGAAAACGCCAAGUUCCAAAGGGUGCAACGUAUGGUAAACCUGCUGGUGAAGGUGUCAACCAAUUGAAAAACCAGCGAUCAAUACAAGCAGUUGCAGAGGAGCGAGUAGGUCGGAAAUGUGGUGCUCUUCGCAUUCUAAACUCCUACUGGGUUGGAGAGGAUAGCACGUUUAAAUUCUAUGAAGUUAUUUGCAUAGAUCCUUUUCACAAAGCAAUCAGGCGUGACCCUCAAAUUCGUUGGAUAUGCAAAGCUCACCAGAAACACAGGGAAAUGCGAGGUCUUACAUCCGCUGGUUACAAGUCAAGAGGUCUCGGCAAAGGACACAAGUACCAUAAGACAAUUGGUGGCUCUAGACGUGCAGCUUGGAAACGUCUCAAUACUGUAGAGAUGCGACGAAAACGCUAAUUUUUUAAUUACAUGCCUUGGGUACGCA